AUGCGGCCCGCUGCUGUGGUGGAGGGUGCUGGAGGGACUGGGCUUGCAGCGUCUCGCUGUCCGGAUCUGCCAGUGUGGCUGGGCCUUCUGCGGGAUUCGGGAGCCUCCUUCACCUCGGCGGACAAGUUCGUGCAGGAGGCAUGCUCCAAUUUAGUUUUCCCUGAGAUGGGGAUGGGUCUAGAACGAGGAGUCGAGCUGGAAAGGGGAGCAGGGGAUGAGGAAAGUGGACCUGUGUUUUGGUGGCUGAAGCAAACAGGAACAGGGGCCUCGCGUUUGGUCUGCGUUGCUGAAUCCCUUUCCUCUGCUCUGUGUUGCACAGAUGUCAGGGAGUCGGUGAUCCCGCUCUAUGAGGGCCACACGUAUCAUCGCUCAGCUCCUCACCGCUUCUGCUACACCAACACCCGCGUCCCACAAUGGCACGACAUAUGGACAAGGACACAGAUCCGGGUCAACAGCAGCCGGAUGAUCCGAGUCACCCAGGUGGACAGCGAGGAGGAGCUGGAGGAGUUCAACGUGUGGAACAUCAUUUUCUCCUUCCUGAAGGAGAAGCUGAACGACACCAGCAUCGAUGUGGAUCUCUACAGCAACAAAACCUGCCUGAAGGUCGAGCUGCUGGAGGCCGGCACGACGUACUGUGUUGUCCUCUUCCGACGCUUUGACCCUAAGCUGUUCCUGGUUUCCUUCCUGGGCCUGUUGUUGUUCUUCUGUGGCGACAUGCUGAGCAGGAGCCAACUCUUCUACUACUCAGCCGGGAUUAGUUUUGGCUUGCUGGCCUCCCUGCUCAUCCUUGUCUACAUGAUGUCCAAGGUCAUGCCCAAGAAAAGUCCUGUUUACUUCCUGCUGGUAGGAGGCUGGUCCUUUUCCCUGUACCUGCUUCAGCUGAUCUUCAAGAACCUACGGGAGAUCUGCAAGUCCUACUGGCAGUACCUCCUAGGCUACCUGCUGCUCGUGGGCAUCGUGAGCUUCGGUGUGUGCUACAGGUAUGGCCCACUGGAGAACGAGCGCAGCAUCAACCUCCUCUCCUGGGCCCUGCAGCUCUUGGGCCUGUUGCUGAUGUACUCAGGCAUCCAGAUCCAUCCCAUUGCCUUGGCCUUGGUGGUCAUCGCUGUCUGCACCAAGAACCUGGACUACCCCUUGCAGUGGGCCUUUGCUGCCUACAGGAGAAUGCAGAGUGCCAGGCUCGGGCCGAGCCCCCCUCGCCUGCUGACAGAGGAGGAGUACCGGCUCCAGGGCGAGGUGGAGACGCGCAAGGCCCUCGAGGAGCUUCGAAACCACUGCAGAAGCCCGGAUUUCUCUGCCUGGACUGCAGUCUCCCGCAUCCAGUCUCCCAAGAGGUUUGCUGACUUUGUGGGUGGUGCCUGUCACGUCACCCCCAAUGAGGUCUCUGUCCAUGAGCGGGAGUACGGCCUGGGCGGCAUCUUCCUUGAGGACCAGCUCUUUGAGGAGGAAGAGGAUGAUGAUGACUCCUUUGACAGGAAUCACAUGAGUUAUUCCCUGAGCCAUGUCCACAUGGAUGCCGAUUGAGGUGCCUGUGAGGGUGACGUGCACGAGAGGAACUUUGGACCUGUCCCACCGGUACCUGCGUGCUCAGCAUCUGCCUGCUGCCAGGCCGCUGUGGGGAGGGAACAGGCAGUGGGUGACCUGCUGCUCCUCCUCCUGCUGUUACCAAAGAAGCCAGUGGGCUCCAGCUGGUUGGGCUGUGCCUCUGCCUUGGCUUAAAUCCUGUGUGGAUACCAAAAACCCCAGCGCCUCCCUGAUGGAGAUGCAGCUCGGCUGGCCCCUCCACGUGCAUGUCACAGAGCUCAGGAGAAGACAGCCUUGAAGUCUGCUUGGUGCCCCGUGCGCUCGCUCCGCUCCCCGCAGCUGCUGUGUUGUGGCAGAGGCUGUGCUCAGCCUCCCGCUCCCUGCACCUCCUGUCUGCCAGGCGGUCCCUGGGCUGAGGAUGAGUGUGGAUGUGCUUCCUCCUCCCUGCCUUGCUGGUGGUUAGGUGCUGGCAGCUCCCUGUCCCCUUGAAGCUGGUGCCCUGAGCCCUUAACCUGCUCUAACAUGGGGCCUGUCUCCACCGCACUCCUCUCCCGGCUGAUGCGGGCAGGGGAUGGGGAUGGCCCUUCCUGUGUUCCCGCUCCCUGCGCUGGGGAGGGGGGCUCUGCCGAUGGUCACUGGCCUUGCCAAAGGACAAAGCUGGAGGGGACACCCCAAUCUAUGCAACUUUCUAAGCAAUAAAGCUGCCCUCUGGCAGCCUUACUGCCCUGGGGCCUGGGCUCCCACAGCCUGGCCCGUACCUCGCCCAUGCUGCUGCCAGAUUUUUUUGCUGUUGGUUUGUUUCUGUCCCAGGUUUACUCCCCUGCCCUUGCUGCGCUUUCUUCCCUGCUCUGGUGUGAGCAGCCUCUGUUACUGUGUCCCUCCAUGGUUACUGCGUGGUCAAUGACUGAUUAUAUUUUUAAUAAAGAUGUAUUUUGUAGGUAA